GCGUCAGGAGGCGAAUGCGGUAACGGAAAACAAGGAUCGGAGGAGAAGCGAGGAGGCUGAGUGUACGAGAGUCCCCUACUUUGCAACGAAAAAUACAUGAUAUCUUGUUAUUAUAUGAGUACCAGAUCCACGAAAAGAGACAUUGGAGAUACAAUAGGAUGAAAGGAAGAUCAGAUUGAGCGCCCGCAGACCUAUCCUACCGUUUCGCUGUUUUCCUGGAGUUGGAUUUGGGAGAGCGCGUCGAACCCGCAGCCAGAGCCGCCGCCCCCCCGUCUCCUGAGCCCUCCCCCUUCCCCCAGAGCCUGCGUCAGACCAGCGACCGCCUGGGACACGCCCACACCCUCGCCCAGCCCCGCCCCCCGCCGCCAGCAUGGUGCUAUCACAAAGGCAACGAGACGAGCUAAAUCGAGCGAUAGCCGAUUACCUCCGCUCCAACGGCUACGAAGAGGCCUACUCUGUGUUCAAGAAGGAGGCCGAGCUGGACAUGAAUGAAGAGCUAGAUAAGAAGUACGCCGGCCUUUUGGAGAAGAAAUGGACCUCAGUCAUCAGAUUACAGAAGAAGGUGAUGGAGCUGGAGUCCAAGCUGAACGAGGCGAAGGAGGAGAUCACUCUGGGGGGCCCCAUCGGGCAGAAGCGGGACCCCAAGGAGUGGAUCCCGCGCCCCCCAGAGAAGUACGGCCUGAGCGGCCACCGCAGCCCCGUCACCCGCGUCAUCUUCCACCCCGUCUUCAGCGUCAUGGUGUCUGCCUCCGAGGACGCCACCAUCAAGGUGUGGGACUAUGAGACGGGGGACUUUGAGCGCACGCUGAAGGGACACACGGACUCUGUGCAGGACAUCUCCUUCGACCAGACCGGGAAGCUGCUGGCCUCCUGCUCCGCUGACAUGACCAUCAAACUCUGGGACUUCCAGGGCUUCGAGUGCAUCAGGACCAUGCAUGGGCACGACCACAACGUCUCCUCUGUGGCCAUCAUGCCCAACGGAGACCACAUAGUCUCCGCCUCCAGGGACAAAACCAUCAAGAUGUGGGAGGUAGCCACUGGGUACUGUGUGAAGACGUUCACGGGCCACAGAGAGUGGGUGCGCAUGGUGAGGCCCAAUCAGGACGGCUCGCUGAUCGCCAGCAGCUCCAACGACCAGACGGUGCGGGUGUGGGUGACGGCCACCAAAGAGUGCAAGGCGGAGCUGCGGGAGCACGAGCACGUGGUGGAGUGCAUCUCCUGGGCCCCCGAGAGUGCCCACCCCACCAUCCUGGAGGCCACGGGGUCAGAGGCUAAGAAGAGUGGCAAGCCCGGCCCCUUCCUGCUGUCCGGCUCCAGAGACAAGACCAUCAAGAUGUGGGACAUCAGCACUGGCAUGUGCCUUAUGACCCUGGUGGGCCAUGAUAACUGGGUGCGUGGGGUGAUAGUUCACCCCGGAGGGAAGUUCAUCGUGAGCUGCGCUGAUGACAAGACCCUGCGCAUCUGGGACUACAAGAACAAGCGCUGCAUGAAGACGCUGAGCGCCCACGAACAUUUCGUCACCUCUCUGGAUUUCCAUAAGACUGCUCCGUACGUGGUAACUGGGAGCGUAGAUCAAACAGUAAAGGUUUGGGAGUGCCGCUGAUUCUACCUGCAGGGCGACGCCCCUUCCUGGCCCCCCACCCCCCCAUCUCUAUC